AUGGUCGGUCCCACAGCAUCCCUCUCGCACUUACAUCGUGCCGACGGUUCGGCGUCAUACAAAUGCCCCGCCACCGGCUACAACAUCCUGGGUGCCGUCAAUGCCCCAGUCGAGCUCCCAGGACGCCGUGACGCAUUGAAGCCAGAGGAAGCAACCGUGGAGGUCUUUGUCAAACCUGGUACUACCACCGCUGGUGUCGGAGAGAGAUAUGUCGAAGGACUCUUGCGCUCUGUGCUAGGCAAGGUGGUUUUGGGCCGCGAGAAAGGAUUCCCGCGUCGUGGUGUUGUCCUCACUCUGGCCAUCGUUGGAGGUGAAAACAUUGAGCGUGGUGACUCUUACCUCACUGUUUUCCCAGCUCUCUUGCACGCCGGCUUGCUUUCUAUGAUUUCCGCCUCUGUUCCCCUGUCGAUGACUUUUUCCGCGACUCUUCUCGGUGUAACCAAGUCUGGUGACAUCGUGCGCGACCCCUCUCCCGCUGCUGCCAAAGCCGCCGUGUCCCUCCACGUCUUUGCGAUCUCCUCCAAAAACCACCUUCUCCUCAACGAGAGCGAAGGACGAUUCGACUUUGACACUUGGGAGCUGGCCCGCCAAAACGCUGUCACCAUUUGCCAGGGUUCCUCCAAGGGCUCCGACGGCGAUGUGAACAUGGAAGAAGAAAAGAACGCCAGCGGAAAUGGCUUCAUUCGGGAGACAGUGGAGGAUCAGAUCUACAGCGACUACGUCUACAAGCUUGACUCGAUUUGA